AUGCAAGGCUUAGUCUUUGAGCCUCAGGAAAGCGCCCCGUAUGCCUUAAUCCCUCCCUACUCUGCUCUUUUUGCAGAUGAAUCUCUGGUCAUUUCCUCUGCCCGGUUAAAGGUGCUAAGGAGGCCCUCAGGGUUCGUAGUUAUGGGUGGCAAGUGGCACUGUGUGGGGGGUCUCACUCAAUGCGGAACGGAGGUGACGGGGCUAGGGGGCGGGGGUGCGGCGCCCCAGAGGCGAAGGCGGAGGCGCCAAGACGCCGCUCCUGGCCUCUCAGGAUACCAGCCGGCUACACGCAAGGUCGGGGGCAAGGCCGCGUGGCGGCUUGGAGCGGCGCGAAGGAAGCGAGAGCUGGCUGCCCAAGGGCAAACGGCUCUGGCGGCGCCAGCCUGGGGCGCUGCAGCGGGCGGGGCGUGCGCAGCGCCGCUCCCGGGAGAGAAAGAAACCUCCGCAGUGUCGCGGCCCGGCUGCGACCGGAAAACGGAGGGGGAAGAGGGAAAAGGAGAAGGAGGUUCGGGCAGAGGGAGGAGGGGAAGCAGAGGGGACGAGGAGGUGCGGAGGCGCUGGCAGGUACCUGGGCUCCGCCGCCCGGGUGUGUCUGGGUCGGGUCGGGGGCCCAGCAAAGCCCCGUCCAGUCCAGCCUGGGCAAACUGGGAGGCUGUCGGGUGCGCGCCAGCUACGCUCGCCUGCGUCGUGGAAAACCUAGAGAGCCCUACAGCGUCAGAGCUAAUCCUGGGCCGCCUCGAGGCCCCGCGGAGUUUUCGCGAACGCGCUGGGCGGUGCAGGGAUGCCCUGCUUGGGAGAGUGCAGGGUGGGAAGCGGGCACGCCCUGUUGGCAGCUGCCCGCGCUUGUGUACGUGUCUGCUGACGUGGAGAACUGUAGCUGUGGAAAGCCUGCGCCCCGGGGAGGGACGCGGGGGUGCAGUCGCGGCCCAUUAUCUGUGCCCGGGAAGUCCUGAAGGCUCUAGGAGUUGUCAGAUUAAACCCCCAGACCCACGAGAAAAUCCUGAAGCUUCGUUGUCUUUUGCUGAUGGAGCCUCUCUGAAGGGCAAAUUCAAAGUACAGCUGGAUACUGCAGCACUGGAGUGGGAACUUGUGGCUGUGGUUAUGAAGGAGCCUAGGCAGCUAUGCCUUUAGCUCCUGGUGAAGCAGUGCCAGUCACACUUUGCCAGUCAAACGGAGAGGCAGCAGUAGUAAGACCUGACCAAAUCAAACCAAACCAAGCAAACCACAGGGGAAUGGAGGUAGGUGAAGAGCGCCAAAGAGAAUCAUGGCUCACAACACUUCUAAACAUGGUACAUAUAUCAGUUCAUUUAAGCCUUAUGAUGACCCUAUGGGGUCAGUACUAUUAUCGUUAUUAUCCCCAACUGAGGCACAGAACAACUGUGUGACUAAGCAACUACUCAAUGUCACACCACUGAAGUGAUAGAAGUGCCAUUUUAACUUAGACAGCUGGAUCUGGGGUUUGUCCUCUUCACUGCUAUGUUAGCAAUUCUCAAACUUUCUGGUCUCAGAACCCCCUUGCAGUCUUAAAAAGUAUUGAGGACCACAAAGAGUUUUGUUUAUGUGGACUAUAUCUGUUGAUAUUUAUAGUAGAAAUUAAGACUAAAAACUUAAAAGAUAGUCAGUGUAUUUAAAAGUGAUAACCAACUCACAAUAUGCUAAUAUAAAUGACAUUUAAAGUGAAAAUAGCUAUGUUUCGCCAAGUACAAAAGGUUGAGAAUGGCAUCGAAGAAUGAAGAAUCAAAGAAUGAUAUCAUUUUAUAGUUUUGCAAACUUACGCACUAUACUGUACCUCUUUUGUUGUGACAGUGGUUAAGAAAAGAGGAAAUGAGAGAGACUAAAAUGUACAAGUGAGGGGAACUCAAGACCUGUCUCAGUGAGCCCCCCACACUCUUGUGUGUGGAAGAAAUGAUAACUAAAGAAUCGUCUGUAAAGUGUACAGCAGCAUCUGGAUUUUCAUGCCUGGUUUAAGCUUCAAUAGAUUGUUUGGAUUCAUUCUGUCUCUCUCUGUGUGGGUGUGUGUGUGUAUGAGCAUACAUACACAUAUUUGAGGUUAGGUAAAAAACUUUUGUCAUAAAAUAUAUGUAAAGUGGAAAGGAUUGUAGAGAUUAUCUGACAGUUCUUCUUUUUUUAUGGAUGAAUGCAUCUGAGGCCAGACAGGAAAAUGACUUAUCGCUGGUUGAAUUGCUGAUUAGUGGCUGGAUUGGAGGUAGAACCCAGAUCAUCUGCCUCUUCAUUCUACUCAUGUCCUGUCAUGGAAAUUAGUCAAUCCAAUUAUUAUUAUUAUAGAAGUCUGUUUUCACGAGAAAGUUUGUGAACUGACAACCAUAAAAUCUGUGGUAAAUUCACAGGCUUCAUCAAUGACAUUGUGAAAUAUUGACCCUCAGCUUCCCAGAUUGCAACUCCCCAAGUCUUGGUCUGUUUGCUGUUAGGAUUUGUUACAACUUCUUGCUUAUUGCCUUUUGUUACACAAGCAGUGCUGAAUAUGGGCUGGAUAUUGGAAAGAGCAUAAGAAAAUGAGAACCCACAGUUCUGUGAUAUGAGAACACUGAUUGGCCAGUCACUGUUAUCUUCAGGAUGUGCUUUUCUUAAGGAUGAACAUAUUUUGGUCCACAAGUUUCCAAGACAAGCACAUUCCUGCCAACAUGAUCCUUGGACAAGCUGUUCUGGAAUUUGAACUUGCUACUGGAAGAGGGUUAAGUCCAGGACACACACACACACAUUUCAGUGGGGGGCAAGCUGUAGUUGGCUAUGUUAGCACCUCAUUAUACAACAGUUUCAAGAUAAAGUGAUUCCAGAUGUGCUCUCAGCAAGUACCUAGUACUUACGUUUUUAACCCAUUAGGCUAAAAAUCUGCUUUCAGAAUUUGGGGGAAGCCAGAGUUAGUUAAUUAACUAGUUAUUCCUAGUUACUUCAUAAAGUUGAUUCUAAGUCGACUAUAAUUUGCAGUAUGUUUCAAGUUAGAGGAUACUCAUUAUAACCGUAUGAAACAUACAUAUUUAUAGACACAUAUAUGUAUUAUCACACAGACUUGCCUUUGACAAUGAUUAGAAGUUCAUUUGAAGUACUGGUUUAAUGAUCAUUAGGUUCCUUUGUCUCAGAAAUUUCAUUUAGAAACAUUAGGAAAAUAUAUAUCUAAGAAGUAGUAGUCUAGUUUCUUCUUACUGAUGAAGCUGCAGUGAUAGUCAUUGUGAUUCUGAAGCAUAAAUUUCAUGAGUAAGUCCUGGUUAAAAGGCUCCCUCCCUUGUUUAAAAAAAGCAAGAUUUGAAAUUUUUCGCUUUGUAACUUAAAUUUACAAAAAAGAGUUAAAGAGAAAAGAUGAUGAAUGUUUUCCUUGAUAAUUCAUAUUAUUGUUAGGAAUAUGGAAUUUUUGCCUCACUUGGCCCUAGAAAGUGGAGAGCUAAAGGUGAACAUUUCAUUUUGCUUUCAAAUAUUUUAAAUUUGUCUGCAGAAAUUAUGUUUUCUGCUGAAUACAAUGGAAGCCUUCUUAGCUGGUCUUACUUGAGAAUAUUGCAUCCUAGUAUGCUCUUUUGAUUUUAUUUUGCUCUACAGUAAAUUUUUAAAAAUUUAGGUAUGAUAUCUGGCAUCAAGGACAACACCAUUUAUUUGCCAAAGGCUGUAACCUAGGGCAUUAUACACUAAAUGGGAAUAUUGGCAAACAUAUUCUUCAGAGGUACCUGUUUUGCUGUAGGGCAGUACCUACAGCAAAGCAGUCUGGGUAUGAUGGACUCUGGAUCCAGACUGUUUGGUUUCAUUUCUGCUUCUGCUUUUUACUAGCCGUGUGCUUUAAUUUCAUGAAUGUGAAAGAUAAAUAAUAACUCAUGAAGAUUUAGUUAAGUCUGAACUUGUAAAGGAAGCACUUAGAACCAUGCCUGGCAUAUGUUAAGUACUUCGCAAGUGUUAGCUUAAACAAACAAACAAAUCUCAAAUUUUGUCUUUGUCAUGUCAGAGAGGCUAACAUCAAGUGAUGGCUAAAGCAGCAAACAGCUAGUUAAAUUUAAAAGGGAAAUGAUCUUUGGGAUUAAUUCUCUCUUGUGAAAAGUUUUCUAGAGCUUCCAUCUAGCUGUGGCUAAAGCUAGAGGACAAGAAGGUGAGGAAAGUGUGGCAGAGUGUAUGCCAUUGAUUAAAGAAAGGCCAGGACCUUGUUGUGUAACAGUUGUUUCUAUUAUUUCUAUUUCUAGAGAAAGACCCUUGGUGUUACCCGUCAGCAGGAUAUGGACUGUAGUCUUUUGUGUGGAUUGACAAACAUUGGUAGUUUAACAAUUUGAAGGGCUUUCUUUGCAGGAAAUGAAAAAGUUGUGAUUUUCCAUAAGUCAUUUAGAGAGUCACUAUUGAGCCAGCCAGGCUGGGCCUGCUAGUCUAUACAAUGGUUUUGUGACAAUUAGCCUUGUGCUGUUGCAGCAUUUCAGACUCAUGGAGCCUUUUGCUUAGAAGACCUCUCUUCCUUCUGGCUGACACAGCCCCAUCCCAGGGUGCAGGGCCUGACAAGUGGAGUACAGGCUGGAUUUCAGCCCUGACCACCCCCUCCCCCCAGGACAUGGUACAGCACACAAAUGGCACAUUGAAUGUGGUAGUCAUGAAGACAGGUUUUUGAAUUUUACUUUCUGUGCUUCAGCUCAGAAAAUAUGUUGUUUAUUUUAUUUUUCAGUCAUAGUCUACUUCAAUACUGGAACUGGGGAAGAGAUGGUUCAGUAUUUUUUGUCAUUGAAUCCAAUGGUUGAUUGUUAAUUAUUACUUAAGAUAAUCCACAAAUAUCCUGCUGACAGUCCAAGAUGGUUUUCUAUCAGAGGUUUUAUGAAGCCACUUAAUUUAGGGUUAAGGUCCUGCUGAACCUUACAGGAGUCUAAAAGCAAGGAGAAAGGCAUCAGAAUAUCACACCCUUUUAGCUGUAAAUCAUAUUUCUGUAAUGCUGUUGCUACUUUUUGUUUUACAUGCUCUUGCAAUUUAAGAUGAUGCAUUUUAUUUCCAAUGGUUUGCAAUCUGUAACUGAAAGACAGAAUGCUCGGAAAAGCCUCUGGCUAAAAACCAGUCUAUUGACAUAGAAUCAUGUCAGUAGUGGCCCCAGGAGAUGUGUGGGUUUUGGCCUGUCUUGUUUCUCAUCCAAUAUUUCUUUUCAGUAUUAUCACAGUUAAAUUCCUCAUUGGAUAUGCAAUAGAUUAAAAUCACAUUAAAGUUUGGACUUAAAACAAGCAUAGCAAAAAAUCUUGAUUCUUUGACAUUAGCUCCCAAGAUUCUUCUAUUAUGGUUUCAGUGGUCCUGAACUUUGGAAGAUGCUGAUCAGGUAAUAACUCUUCUGUCCCUUACAAGGAGGAUGUCACCUGUAAAAAGGCACUGAGAAGUUUUAUUGUCUCAAAUAUAUUUAUUCUGAUUCUUAAGAAAACUUGAAAUAACUUGUGUUGUUUUGUUCUUAUUUUUGUUUAGAAAUCUUUAAUUUUCAUUUCCCUGCCCUGAGUCUUUUCCAUUCUGAAAUGAGUACAAACUACUUUUUAGCUCAUACAUAGGCUCUAGAAACAGUUGUUUCGAUUGUUAAAUUUUUAUCUGACAGUAAUUAACAUGCACUUAAUACAUUAUGGUUUAUAAAGUACUUUUUCAAAUGCAUUACAUGUUUAAUAUCAUGAUCUUUUGAGAUGGACAUUACAAUUUUCUCCUUUUCUGCAAACUGGGAAACUAAAGCUCAGAGAUCCACAUACUGUGCUACCCAAAGAAUAUAGGAAGAGAACCAGACUUUUUACCUUUUAUUGAUUAAAAAAAGAGACGUGUCCUCACAAUUUCCAUGUGAUUAACCAGUCUCAAAAUUAUAAGACAUCCUUUUCUCACUUAAUUACAUGUAGUGUUGUUGCGGGACUUUUCGUUAGUUCAGCUGAAGAUGGGGUUCUUGUCACAGGGCAUUGAAAAUUUAGGCUCGCAGACAAUUUAAAGGGUGACUAAGGCAAGGUUUUAUUGGGUGAAAAGGAAGACAAGGGGAAAGGGAGACUCUUAGCAAAGCCAGAGAGUGUGCUUCUUGCCCCUGGGCUUCCUGCCUUGCAGACUGAAUCCCAGGUUUCACCCAGAAGGAGGAGGGGCCAGGCUCCUCCCUGCAGACUUCUGUGGCUCCACCCCAGUGUGCAGACCCGUAGGGGUUUUGCCGGGUAGCCUUUCCCACGUGACUGUCUCAGUGUAGUACAUGUGAUGUGGCCUAAAUUGGGAAAUACCUAAAUUAGUAGCUACCUGUGAAUUUGUCCUAACUUGGAGAAUCUUUUGAAAUGAUUUAAAAUUCUUUGGGUUUUCAGCUCAGACCACACACACACACACACACGAAUUAACAACCCUCAAGCAAAAUUAAUGGUAGUGCAUCUGCAGCUUUUCGAAGUAAUUGGAGAACCUUGAACCCCAGCUAAUUUGACAUUUUCACCUUUUCUAACUUUUUUUCAGAGUGUUUUGACAUUCAGGUCAAUUCUGAGCUGCUUUUAAGAGUACCCAGUGCCUAGUAUAGUAUAGGCAUUUAAUGCCUUUCAAAUAAAUGACUGAAUUGUUCACCAUAUGGGCAAAUGACAGUUUGUAAAUAAGUAUCCCUAAAUGCAGAGUACCUAAAUGCAAUACAAAUAGUAGUCACAUUAUGUUUAUUGUUUUAAACUAGAAGGUUUUGGCGUAGUCUGAAGUGAUAUUAUAGAACGAGCAAGAACUUUGGAAUCUGAAAAGAUCUAGAAUUGAAUCUUUACCUUAACAUUUACUGCUGGUUACUACACCUUCCUUAGGCAUUCCAAAUAACUUCUCUGAUCUUCAGUGUCUUCACCUGCAAAUUUGGGGUUAUAUUAUCUACCUUACAACAUCACUGGAAGGACCAUCUAAAUUAAUAUAUGCAAGGUAUCCUGCACAGUGCUUAAUUCAUAAAAUGUGCUCAAAGUUCAUGCAUUUUUAGAAUUUGUGUAUACAACUUUGUAGCCAAUUAACAGAGCCCCAAGUAACAGAUUGUGUAUUUUCUGAUUAACCUUUGUAUAUAAAAAUCCAGCUGUAUAAUCUGUAGUAUAAAAGACCCAUGGUAAUAGUGGCAGUUCAACAUGCCUGUUCUAAACUCUAUACAAAGAGUAAAGAGUCAAAAAUAGUUAAGAUAAUUUUGAAGAAGACCAAGGUACAGAUAUUUACAUUAAUAGAUCUCAAGACUUAUUAUGAAGCCAUAGUAAUCAAGGAAGGGUAGUGAUGGCAAAGGCAUAGACAUAUAUGCCGAUGGGACAGAAAAGACAGGAAACAGACCCACACACAAGUGGAAACUUGUUAUAUAUAAGAGGUAAUAUAGAAGAGUUUGAUGAUUCAGUAAUGGAUUCUGGUACAACUAGUUAUCCAUAUGGGAAAAAGUAAAAUUAUAUCCCUACGUCAUGCCAUGUACAAAAAUUAAUCACAGGUAGGUUGAAGACCUAAAUGUGAAAAGUAUAAUUUUUAAACAUCUAAAAGGAAAUCUUUUAUCACCUUUGAAUACCUAAGAAUUUCUUAAACAAUGUACAAAAAUAUAAACAUUAAAGAAAAAGAUGGAUAAACUUGACUGUGUUAAAAUUAGAAAUUUCUGGCCGGGCGCGGUGGCUCACGCCUGUAAUCCCAGCACUUUGGGAGGCUGAGGCGGGCGGAUCACGAGGUCAGGAGAUCGAGACUAUCCUGGCUAAUACGGUGAAACCCCGUCUCUACUAAAAAUACAAAAAAUUAGCCGGGUGUGGUGGCGGGCGCCUGUAGUCCCAGCUGCGCAGGAGACUGAGGCAAGAGAAUGGCGUGAACCCCGGGGGGUGGAGCCUGCAGUGAGCCGAGAUCACGCCACUGCACUCCAGCCUGGGUGAAAGAGCGAGACUCCAUCUCAAAAAAAAAAAAAAAAAAAAAAAAAAAAAAUUAGAAA